AAGAGUGCAGAUGUUUUGGUCAACUGCCCAGUUUCAACACAAAAGUUUAAUUUAAAUUUGCACCAAAUGUUUUAAGACUAAGCAAGUACAUAAAUAAGAGUUAGAGCUGGUACCUAUCCAGAGUCGGGAUUUUGGCACAAUUAUUAUUCCACCAUACCUAUUUUCAAUGGCCAUUGAGGGAAAGGAGAGGUUCAUCCUGAAUAGGUCACCAAUCUAUUACAGCUGAGGCAAAUAAAUAAAGCAUAGAAUCAAAAAUAGCAAAAAAUAAAUAAAUAAAAAAGAAAAGAAAAAAUGCUACAGAAAUUCAUAUAUAAAAAUGGGAUGUGUUGAAGCUCAAGAAAAGAAAAUGGUUACAUCUAAAUUGAAACAGUCAAGCUGAGAAAAGGAAGUAAAUGUAUUUCUCCGUAGCUUGGCGCCACCUAUCUGUCACUUCGUUUAAAUAACUUUUUUUGGGGUGAGGGGAGCGAUUGGUUCUUCGCGGGGGUCAGGCCUGCCUGCAGCUUCACUACAGGUGACGUGAUGCCUCAGUGUGAGUUCAGAUUCGAGUCCGGACGAAAGGGAGUUCAGCACAACACCUGUAAGCCCAACGAUCUGCCCAACGGUCACAUUCCUGAUGCACGUUGGGUUAACAGGGCAAGGCGCCGACAUGGAGCCAGCGAGAGUACGAAUGCUGGCUCUCUGGACCGCAGAGACUGGAGUACUAAAGUUGUGUUUCCGAAGAACCCCGGGAAACAAAAGGGCGCUUUUUCACCUGUCACUAAUGAUACGCCAGCUGGAAGAGGGAGAGUUGCAGAUGUGCCUCGGUACACUACAGCCAAUGGCCACCAACGUGGAGCCAGCGAGAGUACGAAUGCUGGCUCUCUGGACCGCAGAGACUGGAGUACUAAAGUUGUGUUUCCGAAGAACCCCGGGAAACAAAAGGGUGCUUUUUCACCUGUCACUAAUGGUACGAGAGCUGGAAGAUGGAGAGUUGCAGAUGUUCCGCAGUAUGCUGCGGCCAAUUGCGCCGCCAGUUUUGGUGUCACUCGUUACUAUAAACCUGAACAAGCAGCACCAGACCCCAGAUUUUCUGCAUCCGAGGAGAAACGAGGAGGAAAUAACCGCUUCAGAAACAAGAAGAAAAGAGGUAUGGACAUGACCUUUCCAGAAGGUUAUAAGCCACUCCUGAUGUCCUUGCAAGAGAAGGAAGACUGGGACAAAGAGAUCCAAGAUGUCACUCUCAAAAAGAGGGUGGAGUUGAAUGUAGUGACCGUGCCUUAUGGUCCGGAGGACGUGCUCCACUUCUCUCUGCAGGAUUUGUCACUUCGGCAAAACAACAUGGCCGAUGCAUCGGUGGCGGCUAAUUACAGUCCAGCUGUGCACCACGCACAUCCGAUACGAUGGCGCCGCUACCGCUUUGCCAUUCAAUCAGAGCAGUUUGCAGACGCCGAGGAGUGAGGCAGGCGCUAGCCACAUAUCGUAACCAACAUCUUAUAAGACCUUGGUGCUUAGCGUUUUUUACAGUUGACCCUAUGUGGGGAUCCUGGAAAGUAGCUGUGAAUAGAAUAUUUGUCAUAUGGUCUUGUUUUUCCCAUGAAUAUGGCUUAGUUUUCAUAAAUUAAAAGGUAAAUAUUUACUUAAAUUUCAACAUCAAAUAUGUUGUCUUAAAUUAUAAGAUAGCACAAGUUGCAUGUAGUUUCUUCCAUGUUAUAUUUUAUCUGAUCAUUUGUUUUAGGAUUUUAGUUUGUUUAUUUGUUGUUGUUUUGAAAUGAAUCAUUUAGCUUUUGCCUUUGUGGUCUUAAAUGUUUUUAGUUGUUUUCCAGACUUUGUUGUUCUGCCAUACUUGUGUUUUUAUAUUUUUCAAUAUAAAUUUAAUAGUUUUGUUUUAAAUGGCCAAAAGACUGUUGAGGAUGUUGAUGGUGGAUCAUUUAAGAAAAAAAUUCAAAGGAUUGUUUAUAAAAUAGCACGUUCAUCAACAACAUGUAGUUUGUAUUUUAAUUUUUAAUUUAAUAGUCAAAAAAGUAAGCUUCGAAGUGGAAGUAUGGUUUAUGUAACACCAACUAAUCAGCUUGUUAAUUUUCUUUGCCAGAAUAAAAGAUUUUCCUCAGA